AGGGGGUUGUGAGUGGGGUGACAGAGGGAGGAAGAUGUUUCCAAGGGAGGAGGAGAGUAACGGCUACCAGCAGCAGCCAAAGGGAACGGGUCACAGUCACAGAGAGCGAAGCCGUCGUGCCACUCGCAGGUCUCGUGGUUCCACUUCCACACAUAAGCUUACGGUUUGUGAGCAACAACAACAUCAUCAUCCACUUCCUUGCACUGAUUUACACACACAACCUUCUUUUUUUCUUUUGGUUUAGAAUUUUGCUUACUCUGCAAAUGACCACCUUAAUUUAGCAAGUAAGGAACCUCACCAAACCAAAUGUCUUACAUGAAACUUUCUCAGAAGUUUUACGAUGCUUUCAAGCUGUGUGGGUCUUCCCUCAAAUCCCCACCCAUUGCUCGCAAACUUCACGCCCAACUCAUCCGCUCCGGUUUGGACGCUUCCCUUUUCUUACUCAACAAUCUACUCCACAUGUACUCUAAUUGCAGCUUGAUAGACGAUGCCUUUCGUGCUUUCCGCGAAGCCAUUCAUCGCAAUACCUUCACUUGGAACACAAUGCUCAAUGCCUUGGUUCAUUCGGGUCGGAUGAGUGAAGCAGAACACUUGUUUGAUGAAAUGCCUAUGACAGAGAGAGAUUCUGUUUCUUGGACCACCAUGAUAUCUGGCUAUUGUCAAAAUGCUCUCCCUGCUCAUAGCAUCAAAACUUUCACUUUAAUGCUUCGGGACUCUAAUGUUCAAAUUCAAAACUGUGACCCCUUUCCCUUUACUUGUGCAAUGAAGGCUUGUGGCCGCUUUGCCUCGGUUCAGCUGGCUCUUCAGUUGCAUGCCCAUGUCAUCAAGUUACAUUUUGGAACCCAAACCUGCAUUCACAACUCCCUUGUUGAUAUGUAUGUCAAGUGUGGAGCAAUCAGUUUGGCUGAGACGGUUUUCCUCAACAUUGAAAGCCCAAGUUUGUUUUGUUGGAACAGUAUGAUUUAUGGAUACUCUCAAUUACGCGGACCCUAUGAAGCACUCCAUGCCUUCACCCGAAUGCCCGAACGUGAUUCCAUUUCUUGGAACACGCUGAUCUCAGUGUUUUCUCAACACGGCCUUGGGGUUCAAUGUCUUAGUCUGUUUGCGGAGAUGUGCAAUCAGGGUUUUAGACCUAAUUUCAUUACUUAUGGUAGUGUACUUAGUGCAUGUGCCAGCAUUUCUGAUCUGGAAUGGGGUAAGCAUUUGCAUGCUCGGAUUCUUCGCAUGGAACAUGAUAGCCUGGAUGAGAUUUUGGGAAGUGGUGUCAUAGACAUGUAUGCCAAAUGUGGAUGCUUAGGGUUGGCAAGGCGUGUGUUCAACAGUUUAGGGGAACACAAUCAAGUUUCUUGGACUUGUUUGAUUGCCGGGAUGGCACAGUUUGGACUCUGUGAAGAUGCUUUGGCACUAUUUAAACAAAUGAGACAGGCUUCUGUGGUGUUGGAUGAUUUUACUCUCGCUACAGUUCUUGGGGUUUGUUCAGGUCAAACUCAUGCUGCCAUUGGGAAACUACUUCAUGUGUAUACAAUCAAAAGUGGGAUGGAUUCCUCUAUUCCCAUAGGGAAUGCAACCAUUACAAUGUAUGCGAAGUGUGGAGAUGUGGAAAAAGCGAAUCUUGCAUUUAGAUUAAUGCCACUUAGAGAUAGGAUAUCAUGGACAGCAAUGAUCACUGCAUUCUCUCAGAAUGGAGACAUUGAAGCAGCCCGUGAAUGUUUUAAUACAAUGCCUGAGCGUAAUGUCGUUACUUGGAACUCCAUGUUAAGCACAUAUAUUCAACAUGGAUUCUCAGAAGAAGGCCUUAAGUUGUAUGUUUUGAUGAGAAGCAAAGAUGUCAAACCAGAUUGUAUCACUUUUACAACUUCAAUCCGGGCCUGUGCUGACUUGGCUAUUAUAAAACUUGGGACGCAAGUUGUAUCUCAUGCUAUAAGGUUUGGUCUAAGUUCAGAUGUUUCAGUUGCAAAUAGUAUUAUUACAAUGUACUCAAGAUGUGGACAGAUCAAAGAAGCAGAGAAAGUUUUUGAUUCAAUACAUGUGAAAAACCGCAUUUCCUGGAAUGCUAUGAUGGCAGCAUUUGCUCAAAAUGGUUUAGGUAGGAAAGUAAUUGAAACGUUUGAGGAUAUGUUAAAGACGGAAUGCAAACCUGAUCAUAUUAGCUACGUGGCUGUUUUAUCUGGGUGUAGCCACAUGGGGCUUGUAGUUGAAGGGAAACAUUACUUUGAAUCCAUGACUCAAAUUGGCAUUUCUCCAACAAAUGAACACUUUGCUUCUGUGGUAGAUCUGCUUGGACGAGCUGGGCUACUAGACCAGGCCAAGAAUUUAAUUGAUGGUAUGCCUUUCAAGCCAAAUGCCACUGUUUGGUGUGCCCUACUAGGAGCAUGCCGAAUCCAUCACGAUUCACGACUAGCAGAAACUGCAGUGAAGAAGUUGAUGGAAUUAAAUUUUGAGGAUUCUGGAGUUUAUGUCCUUCUAGCAAAUAUAUAUGCCGAGUCUGGAGAGUUAGAAAAUGUUGCUGAUAUGAGAAAGUUUAUGAAAGUAAAAGGAAUUUGUAAGAGUCCAGGUUGUAGCUGGAUAGAGGUUGAUAACAGAGUACAUGUGUUCACUGUUGCUGACACUGAUCAUCCACAGAUAAAGGAGAUUUAUAUAAAACUGGAGGAGAUGCUGAAGAAGAUAGAAGAUACAGGAAGAUAUACUAGUGUUGUCUCUUCUGCCCAUAGGAGUCAGAAAUACCAUAGUGAAAAGCUUGCUUUUGCUUUUGGGUUGCUUAGUUUGCCAUCUUGGAUGCCUAUACGUGUAAUGAAAAAUCUUCGUGUCUGCAAUGAUUGUCACUUGGUAAUAAAGUUGUUGUCUUUGGUCACCUCAAGGGAACUUAUCAUGAGAGACGGUUAUCGAUUUCAUCAUUUCAAGGAUGGGUAUUGCUCCUGUGGAGAUUAUUGGUAGUCUGUGGUACAGAUUGUUCUUCUAUAUCUGCUUCUUCUCCCAUUGCUUCUACUUUAUGCAUUUUUCCUUCCCUGUCAAUAGUCAGCAAUCAUUAUUUUAAAAGUGUAUAGUUGUUGCAUCAUUUUUUAUUUCAAUUAAAUAGGAGUUUUGACAGAACAGUCAUAUAUAUAUGUUGCUUAACUUCUCUUGAUAGAGCUCUUUUGGCAUAAGGAAAAACCCAACAUUAGUCAGUGUCAUUAACAAAUUCCAAAUAUCAACAGAAGCGGAAAAGGUUGACAGAGGGAAUAGCAACCAGAAAUCUCCGGUGUCCUCACUUGGCAUUGUAAUCAAUCCUUAGCAAUAAGAUAAUAAUGUAAAGGGAACUAUGAUUAGGAGUUUGAUUCUGAAAUAAGGAUAGAGUUUGAAACUGAACUUAGAAACAAAACUCUCAUGCUGGGAAAGACAAAAUGUACAGGGUGCACAUGAUUCAUGUGGGAAAAAGAAAUUAUUCUAUUGAUUGAGAAGUUGACCUGGUUUAUUGUGAGAGAAAAUAGCAGC